CUCACUGGGAGGAGUCUUCCUCACUCUCACUGGGUGAAAGGUGAGGAAGACGACGUGCUGUCAUUAUCAAACUCACAGUGAACAGAGAGUCACCUCCAGCCCUCCGACCCAGACCCACCAUGCUGCAGAACACAGGGAAGUUAGCCGGCUGCACGCUCUUCAUCACCGGAGCGAGUCGAGGGAUCGGUAAAGCCAUCGCUCUGAAGGCCGCCAGAGACGGAGCGAACAUCGUCAUCGCCGCCAAGACUGCCGAACCCCACCCCAAACUACCAGGAACCAUCUACACCGCCGCCAAGGAGGUGGAGGCAGCAGGAGGGAAAGCGUUGGCUUGUGUCGUCGACAUCCGAGAUGAGCAGCAGGUUGGAGAUGCUGUUCAGAAAGCUAUCGACAAGUUCGGAGGAAUCGACAUCCUGGUGAACAACGCCAGCGCCAUCAGUCUGACAGGAACUCUGGAGACGCCCCUUAAGAAGGUGGACCUGAUGCUGGGAGUCAACCUGAGAGGGACUUACCUGACGUCUAAGCUGGUCAUCCCUCACCUGCUGAAGAGUCGCAGUCCUCACAUCCUGAACCUGUCCCCACCGCUCAACCUCAACCCCGUCUGGUUCAAGAACCACACAGCGUACACGAUGGCCAAGUACGGCAUGUCCAUGUGCGUCCUUGGAAUGGCAGAAGAGUUCAGAGGUCAAAUUGCCGUCAACGCCCUCUGGCCUAAAACUGCGAUCCAGACAGCAGCGAUGGAUAUGUUGGGCGGAGAGGGCAUCAGUAAACAGUGUCGUACGUCUGACAUCAUGGCGGACGCCGCCUACGCCGUCCUGUCCCGACCAAAGGACUUCACGGGUCACUUCCUGGUGGACGAGGACAUCCUGAAGGAGCAGGGAAUCCAAGAUUUUGAACAGUAUGCCGUCCAGCCAGGUCACCCUCUGCUGCCGGACUUCUUCCUGGACGAAGCACCAGAGAACCUGGUCGAACAGAUGGAGCAACAUGGGGCAACCCCAGCCUUCAAACCCCCGUCAUCAUCAUCGGCCACGCCUUCCUCCGGUGGACCAGUAGAAGGCACGUUUCACGCCAUCAGAGCAGUCAUCAAUGAAGACGUUGUCAAGUCGACGCAGGGCAUUUAUGAAUUUGACCUAUCAGGUGAACACGGGGGUGUUUGGUUUCUGGACUUGAAGAGCGGCUCUGGCAGCGCCGGGCAGGGCCAGCCGCCCGUCAAAGCCGACGUUGUCAUGACGAUGGACUCCGGUGACUUUGGCAAGAUGUUUGCAGGGAAGCUGAAGCCCACGUUGGCCUUCAUGACGGGGAAGCUGAGGAUCAAAGGCGACAUGACGCUCGCCAUCAAACUGGAGAAACUCAUGGGCCGCAUGAACAAGGCCAAACUGUGAGACUGAAGCCCCGCCCCCAGGCCAUCUCAGGCCCCGCCCACCUGCUUGUAGCUGUACAUGUUGCCUUAAGGAAAGAAUGAUAAUAAUGACACGUUAUUAAAUCUUGAUAAUAAACUGA